AUGACGUUCAAAUCGCUUAACCAGGCUCUUGAUAUACCAACGAAUGUCACAAUAUGGCAGUGGCUUUUCGGACCAAAUGGGCUGCAAACUAGAACAGCUGGUUUUACCAACACGGCUACAAAGGAGAGAAUUAACUAUGGCCAAUUGCAAGAGUACGCUACUUAUUUGUCUACUGCGUUGGUGAGAAAAUAUGGUCUGCAGGCUGGGGACACUAUUGUCCUGUGCAGCCCAAAUACAGUCUGGUAUCCUGUUGCAAUGGUAGCAGCUGGCCGAGUUGGCGCUAUUGUAUCAAGCGUAUCUCCUGAGUAUGGAGUAACCGAAAUGAUCCAUGCACUCAAGACAGUGCAACCCAAGUAUCUGAUCACCGUGGCGUCUCGUCUGAGUGUAGCGAGAGAAGCAGCAGAGAGCAUCGGUCUUCUCAGAGACCAAAUACUCCUCCUUGACGAUGAAGUAGAAGGACACGUCUCACUGGGCCAAUUGCUGAAAUUAGGCAAGGCUUAUGGUGCAACUGAUCAAGUUCUGCCCUUUCAGAUUCCUCGAGGCAAAAUAAAUGCAGAUAUUUGUGCAUUUAUUAGCUUUAGUAGUGGCACCUCGGGGCUUCCAAAAGCGGUUAUGAUUAGCCAUGGAAAUGUCAUUGCGCAGUGUCUGCAAGUCCAACUAAUUACCCCCUUGAACUACAGAAAAGUCCUCGCCGCGCUGCCUCUAUUUCACAUCACUGGUCUCAUCCAUCAACUACAUCUCCCAAUUUUACUCGAUGCCGAGGUGUACAUGCUUCCAUCUUUCACCAUGGAAACAAUGCUCAAAGUAAUAGUCGAGUACCAAAUCAUAGAUUUACUUCUUGUGCCUCCAAUAAUAAUUCGCCUGGUGCGUGAUCCGAUUGUGAACAAGUACGAUCUAUCACAUGUGAAGCGGUUCUUUUCAGGAGCUGCUCCUUUGUCGGCUGAGAUAAUACAGCUCAUACAGAACAAGUUUCCUGAAACCGGUUUUAGGCAAGCAUACGGUAUGACUGAAUCUUGCAGUGCUAUUACCAUGCACCCCCUGAAUCUAUACGAUUACAAGUAUGCACGACACGGUGGGAAGAUUGUUGCAAAUACCGAAAUCAAAAUCAUCGAUCCCGAGGACAACACUCGAGAACUCGGAUACGACGAGUGCGGAGAAAUCCUUGCACGAGGACCCCAAGUUGUCAUGGGUUAUUUAAACAAUGAAAAAGCAACACGAGAGACCUUUGAUGCUGAUGGAUGGCUGCACACGGGCGACAUCGGGUCAAUUGACCGGCAGGGGUUUAUCACUAUCACCGACCGCAUCAAGGAAUUAAUCAAGGUCAAAGGCGUUGGGGUGGCCCCCGCUGAGCUGGAAGACCUGUUGCUUAGCCAUCCAGCAGUGGAAGAUGUUGCUGUUACCUCGAUUCCAGAUGAGUAUUCGGGCGAACGACCUAAGGCAUAUGUCGUGGCCAAGAAGGCGUAUGCCGAGUCCGACGAUCGUCUAGCCCAUGUCGGUUACGAGGUUAUCGAGUAUGUAAAGAAAUCUCGUGCUCGUCAGAAAUGGAUCGUGGAAGUCGAGUUCCUCAAGGCUAUUCCCAAAAGCCCGAGUGGCAAGAUACUUCGGCGUGUUUUACGUGAUUUGGAGCAGAAAGGAGUAUCUCGAGGAGUAGUUGUCAAGGACGAUAAACGCCAAUCCCAGGCUAAGCUAUAA